CCGAUUGCUCUAACUUCUGCCGUCUUCCUCUGCCUCUUCAAUUUCAGAAAAAAAAAAAAAAUUCCUUGCUCUCGAUUCCUUUCUGCUAUUCAUUUUUUUGUGAAUUAGACAGUCUCUUUCUCAUUCUAAAAAUUCUAAUUUCUAACAAAAGAUAAUUUCGGUGUAUGGCGACAACCCAAUCCCAUCACACUUCUCGAAAGCGAUUCUCAGGCCUCAAUCAUCCACUCUCCCUUUUAAACUCUAAUCACACUCUAACUCUUUUCAUUCAUUCCUCCUCCUCCUCCCACCGAUGGCCACUGAUGCCUCCCCCAAAUAUCGGACUCCCGAUUUUCACCCCUCCGAGAUUCCCGAUAUCUCGGUCUCCCACGACGGUCUUCAUUUCUGGCAAUACAUGAUUGCCGGUUCCAUCGCCGGCUCCGUCGAGCACAUGGCUAUGUUCCCCGUCGAUACGCUUAAGACUCGCAUGCAAGCUAUUGGCGGGUCAUGCCCGCCCCAAUCUAUUGGAGUCCGCCAGGCUUUCGGUUCUAUUUUGAAACUGGAGGGUCCAGCUGGACUUUAUCGCGGUAUAGGCGCUAUGGGCCUUGGAGCUGGACCCGCUCACGCCGUUUAUUUUUCCGUUUAUGAGUCCUGCAAACAGUCUUUUUCCCGCGGGAAUCCGAAUAAUUCCAUGGUGCACGCCGUCUCCGGCGUUUGUGCUACGGUUGCUAGUGAUGCGGUGUUUACGCCGAUGGAUAUGGUGAAGCAGAGAUUGCAGCUGCAGAGCAGUCCGUACAAAGGAGUUGGUGAUUGUGUUAGGAAAGUGUUGAUAGAAGAAGGAGCUGGAGCGUUUUACGCAUCGUAUAGAACUACAGUUGUUAUGAACGCGCCGUUUACGGCUGUUUACUUCGCGACUUAUGAGGCGGCAAAGAGGGCGUUGAUGGAGGUGUCGCCAGAAAGCGCGAGUGAUGAAAGAGUGAUAGUUCAUGCCACAGCCGGUGCAGCUGCUGGUGCCUUGGCUGCUGCUGUUACGACCCCGCUUGAUGUGGUGAAAACGCAGUUGCAGUGUCAGGGAGUAUGUGGGUGCCAUAGAUAUUCUAGUAGUUCAAUUGGGAAUGUUAUUAGAACAAUAGUGAAGAAGGAUGGAUACCAUGGGCUAAUGAGGGGAUGGAUCCCCAGAAUGAUGUUCCAUUCUCCAGCUGCUGCCAUUAGCUGGUCCACUUAUGAAGCAGCCAAGAAUUUCUUUCAACAACUCAAUUGCAGCCAAGAAGACAACUGAGCUUGAGGUUGAAUCUCAUAAUUCUUUUAAAAAAGUGCUGGUAAGUUAUGCCAAAGCCCCCAAUUUACAUGUAUAUCACAAGAUUGUUGCACUCAGAUCCAAUAAUAAUAAUAAUAAUACUGAACAUCUGCUUUUGCUUUCA